UUAUUAAUUCAGCUGAUGGGUGCAGACACCGACACGUACGUGUCAACUGCACUUCCAAAAAGGCAUAUCCAUUCCAAUUCCAUGGAGCUCGCGCCGCUGCUCCUGCUUCCCCUACUGCUGCUCCCGGCGGCGGCCGUCGCCUCCGGCGGUGAGCCGGCGGCGCACCCGGGCUACGCGCACGGCGCCGAGGAGGCAUGCGGCGUGGCGGUGCUGCCGGCGCCGGAGCGGCGCGAGGAGUUCGACGGCGGCCGGAUCGUGGACAUCAGCCACUACUACCGCGCGGACAUGCCGGCGUGGGAGUCGGCGGAGGGCUCCGGCGAGUUCCUGCGGCUGGCGCGGUCCAUGCGCAACGGCUCCGACAUCGCCAACUUCUCGGAGCUCCGCCUCACCGCGCACUCCGGCACCCACGUCGACGCGCCGGGGCACGUCUUCGAGCACUACUACGACGCCGGCUUCGACGUCGACACGCUCGACCUCGCCGUCCUCAACGGGCCAGCGCUGUUGGUUGAUGUUCCCAGAGAUAAGAACAUAACAGCUGAUGUCAUGGCAUCCCUUCACAUUCCCGAAGGUGUUCGACGUGUACUCUUCCGAACCUUAAAUACCGAUAGAAAGCUUAUGUGGAAGAAAGAGUUUGAUACAAGUUAUGUUGGCUUCAUGAAGGAUGGUGCACAAUGGUUGGUUGACAAUACUAACAUUAAACUAGUUGGAGUCGAUUACUUGUCUGUGGGUGCAUUUGAUGAAUGCAUUCCAGCCCAUCUAGUAUUUCUUGAAAAAAGGGAGGUCAUCCUUGUGGAAGCUUUAAAUCUGGAGCAUGUUACCCCUGGAAUAUAUGCUUUGCAUUGCUUGCCACUAAGAUUGCGCGGUGCUGAAGGUUCUCCGGCAAGAUGCAUCCUUAUCAAGUGAUACAUGGUUAUAACCAUUGUCCAUCUAGGAAACCUCAUAACCAUCUAGAAAACCUUUGUACUAUCUUAUGGCACGUAUGAUAAUGAAAUAAGAAAGGUCAAAGCACAUGACCGAAUCAGAAAUCACGACUGCUUCUUUUGCAUCAUAUAUCUCACAACUCUAUUUA